GCGGCGGGCGAAGGCUUGCAUUCUAGUCUCCCCUUUCGUCGUAGUUCGGUGACAACGGCAGCGAGCUUUUUCUCUGCAUAAAGCCAACGCGGAUGACGUACGUUAAUUGUGCGGAAGCGUCUCUUCCCGCGAAAAAACAACUUUUCACAAGCGCUUCUCGACCCGAUGCGCCGAGAGGAUGACAGUUCUUCGUCGAAAGAGGAAAAUUGUGCAUUUUGUGACGUGUCAUUGGUUGUGACUUGGACUUAUACCACGAAGGAAAACAAAUCAAACUGAGCGAUGAGGAAUAAAGUGGACUGUCGAUGGGAUGUGGCCGCGCUGACGUCUAUGGCCGGCUUCUUCGCCAUCGCCACAAACCGCAACAUGGGCUGGUUCUACGUCGUCUUCAUGGAAGAGUUCGGCAUUGACCGCCGUGGCGCCGCCUGGCCAGGCUCUGUCCUCGGUGUUACCUUACGCAGCUCCGGUCUCGUCGUUUCGGUGUUGCAGAAGCACGUUCCACUGUACUGGAUGGGUUUGGUGGGAAGCGUGCUACUGUGGAGCAGCCUUAUCGUGUGCGCGUUUGUACCGAACGUUGAAUGGAUGACGGUGAUGAUGGGAUUCGCUCAUGGUCUGGGCUCUGGAAUGCUACUGGUAGUGAACUUAGUACUCAUCAUGCAGUACUUCAACAAGUACCGCGGUAUCGCAGCCGGACUUCGCCUGUCUGCCAAUCCUGUCAGUGCGAUCGUGUUCCCGAUGCAUAAUUCUCAAGGAACCACCAUGGAUCCGCAGAAAGAGAUCGAAGAAGGAGACGUCAGCGAAGGAACUGUGCAGUGA